UCGGCUCAAACUCGACAGUUGCUAUCUCUACAAAGUCCAAUGUCCACAAGCCCAAAAGCAAAGCGAAGAUCGAGUUCACUGGCAGUUGCAUCCUAUUCCUAGGCUUUGCUGCUGCAGCAAAAUAUCAGUCAUCCCAAAUGUCCCUUUCCUUUUCUUCUCUGCUUUCCUCUCCUCCCCCACGCUUAGAGAAGAAGUGCAAGCCCCAUCCUCCAUACUCAAUCCUUCGUCCACUUGCUGUUAAUGCUGUCUGUGAUACGAAGAGGCAGAGGCACUGGAAGGUAGGAGAGUACCCUGGCCUAUCACAUAGUCUUAUUCCUGGCUCUUCCAAGAAAGCCCCCCUCAAGAAUCUCAAGAAGAAACUCGACCGCAAGAACAACGCCAAGGCCUGGGUCUGCACCGUCACCGAAACCCUGUCUGAUUGCAUCCUUAAGAAGCAGUGGCUUCAAGCUCUCCAGGUAUUUGAGAUGCUAAGAGAUCAACCUUUUUAUCAACCAAAAGAAGGCACCUAUAUGAAACUACUUGUUCUUCUUGGAAAAUCUGGACAACCCCACCAUGCCGCUCAGCUUUUUCACGAAAUGGUUGAAGAAGGAUGUGAACCUACUUCCGAGCUUUACACAGCAUUACUCGCAGCUUAUUGUCGAAACAACCUCAUUGACGAUGCUUUCUCAACUCUUAAUCAAAUGAAAACCCUUCCUUGUUGCCAGCCUGAUGUUUUCACCUACAGUACCUUAAUUAAGGCUUGUGUGGAUGCCUCGCGAUUUGACUUAGUUGAGUCACUGUAUGGGGAAAUGGAUGAGCGGUUGAUAACUCCAAAUACAGUUACACAGAACAUAGUGUUAAGUGGAUAUGGUAAGGCAGGGAAAUUUGACCAGAUGGAGGAAGUGCUAUCUGGCAUGUUGGAGAGCUCAGCAAGCAAACCUGAUGUAUGGACAAUGAACAUCAUUCUAAGUGUGUUUGGUAGCAAAGGUCUGAUUGAUAUGAUGGAGAGAUGGUAUGAGAAAUUCCGUAAUUUUGGAAUUGAGCCAGAAACGCGCACUUUCAAUAUCUUGAUUGGUGCUUAUGGGAAGAAAAGAAUGUAUGAUAAAAUGUCAUCUGUGAUGGAAUACAUGCGUAAGCUUCAAUUUCCAUGGACAACCUCUACUUACAACAAUGUCAUUGAGGCAUUUGCUGAUGUGGGGGAUGCAAAACACAUGGAAUACACAUUUGAUCAAAUGCGUGCCGAAGGGAUGAAAGCAGACACCAAGACAUUUUGCUGCCUUAUCAAUGGAUAUGCCAUUGCUGGUCUCUUUCAUAAAGUUAUUAGCAGUGUUCAGUUGGCUGCCAAGUUUGAGAUACCAGAAAAUACCUCAUUUUACAAUUCUGUUAUAUCUGCAUGUGCAAAGGCAGAGGAUUUGAUGGAGAUGGAGAGAGUUUUUAAACGAAUGAAAGAAAAGCAAUGCCAACCAAAUGAGAUAACCUUCUCCAUCAUGGUGGAGGCAUAUAAAAGGGAAGGCAUGAAUGACAAGAUGUAUGAUUUGGAGCAACUAAAACAAGAGUUGCUUCAUAAUGGUUCUCUAUCUGAUUAGACCACUUUAAUGAAAGCGAUAACAGUGCUUCUGCUUCCGCUGUAUUUCUCCCAUGAUCUCGUUAGAGAAGCAUAACUGUUUGUUUUUAAUGUGACUGCGAUCUUCGUGAAUUGAGUCACUGAUUUAUCAGCCGCAGCAUUUGCUUUCUAGAACGGAUGGCUGGUUACUGCUUUUCCUCUUAGAUUUUGUGUGACUGAAAUCUUUUGGGGUUCAUUGAUGUUUUGAUGGAAUAUGUACAAGGUCAUCGUAAUUAGAGGUAACUAUUGACUGUGGGGGUAGUUCAGUUCUUCAAAAUGCCAGUGUUGACUUUUGUGAAAUCUCAAAGAUGUAAUUUUUUUUUUUUUGUCUUUCUGUUUAACUGUCAUGUGGUGCCUGAAGAGGUUGUUUUACACAAGUAUACAAAGAUGAUUACUUGCAUCCUUCUCAUACAGAAGACCAAAAACAAUUCUGUGUAUGAGUUUGAGGAAGCUAUUGUGUUCAGUUUGCCAGUUCGUCCAAAUAUCUAUCGAAAUUUACAGAUUCUUA